GUCAGUCAUUAGCAUUUCAUUGGUUCAGCUGAAAAGGGGCUCUGUGGGGAAUGACUGUAUUCAUUGUGAGGGAUUUCGGCGGCCUCGAGAAGCAGUCUCCGUCACAAUCUGACUUGGUAGGUUUCCUCCUACCUGAUUCACGGGUCCUGCCAUUUUACCACUGGAUAAUUUUUCAUCUGCAAGGUGAUUUGUACUCGCGAAACAGUCAUCGGAACUGCCAGACUCGGCCAUGCAUUAUGCCGAUCGCUCCCCUCUCUAGUUGCCCUCGUGAAAAUGGAACCCCACUAGAAGGGAUUGACUUUCCUUGACUAAAUAAGAGAAAACCGAUCUCAUCACCCAAAGACCGUCAAUUUCAGGACUAUCUCAGCCCAAUUCACUAAAAGACUUGACGUUCCAAUUCUAGUCGUAAACAUGCCGGAAAUGGACGAGAGCUUCGAUGUUGUCCUGCAAAUCAUUGACUGGCUGAAUCCAGUCGAAAUCUACAAUCUGAGCAGAGCGAAUAAACAUUACUUUUCGCUUCUCGCGUUGCCUCUGACUCGGAAGAUGCUGCGCAAAACGAAGGCAUCGCGGAGCGGCGGGUCGUACCUGCAUCUUGCAGCAGCGAAAGGCGACAUCAGUUUACUGCAGCGACUAGUGAACGCAGGCGGUGAUCUCCAAGCUAUGGACACCUUACAAGACACCCCCCUCAUCCAUGCCAUACGGUCGGGAUUGAUUGAAACAUGCAAAUGGAUACUGGAGAUGGACCCUAGGACCAUCAAACACCCGUCUGAAAAUGAAUUGGAUCCGCUCCUUCACGCAGCCAAAUCCAAGCAGUGGAAUAUUGCCAGGGCAUUGGUCCUAACUGGCGCAGACGUACGUGCUAGCGGGCCCGGUUAUGGUUUCACUUGUCUUCACUACGCGGCAAAGGAUAGCCAAUACGAGCUUGCAUUGGCUCUUAUCGAGCGGGGUGCAGAUUUGGAAGCGAGAAAUUCACAUGGGAGUACUCCUUUAGCAAGGGCAGUGAAAUCCGAAGACGAGCAAAUGGUCCGGCUGUUACUGGAGGCUGGGGCAAAUGGCCGAGCAACUGAUAGGGAGGGACGAGGGAUGCUACACUUAGCAGCGACGGCGGGAAAUCUGACAAUCGCGGAGCUUCUUUUGAGCUUCGGUGUCGAUAUCCACUAUCAUGAUGAUCUCGGCAGGACUUCGCUUCAUUAUGCGGCGAAUUGGGAUCAAGAAGAUUUCUGCGCUUGGAUACUGAAUUCUAAGGAUCCCAUCGACAUUAAUGUCGCAGAUAAUCGGGGCAGAACGCCGCUUCACUGUGCUGCAUCGCAAGGAAUGCAUGAUAUCUCUAUGUUUUUACGUGGCCAUGGCGCAGAUUGCAGGCAAGCAGACUUGGACGGGCUCACCGCGAUAGACAUUGCGAUGAUGACCUGGCAUGGACAUCUUGCUCACUCAUUGGCUUCUGGAGAAACUAUUGUAGCUUCCUCGGACGAUUCAUGUUCGAGUGAAAAUAGCGUGAACGGAAUGGUCUGCCCAGAUUGAUUUAAAUGGAAAGAGGUAAUUUAGAUGUACAUUGGUGGGAUCCUGACUAUUGAUGGAGUUUUAUGCCUUUCGGCCGUGUUGGCUUCUGCAGGACCAGCGCCCUUCCGACUCCACUGCCCGCACCAAAACCCUGAAAAGGCUGACGAGGGAAAUAUGUUUCUCAUUGUUGCUGACGGAGUUCUUGGAUUAGAGAUUCACAUAACCUACAGCCCUGAUGAACAUCUGCGUCCUCUUCAACAAAAAACGUGAUGAUCCUCUUUCGGUAGAGUUCCUCCAUGUUGGGCUCUCUCGUAGCGUAAUGGAUCGGUGGCCUUCUUUGUCUUUAUGACACAUGUCUCCCCCGAGCUCGGAAAAGAAAUUGAUCACAUCGAUCAAUAACAACGGCGAUAUCAUAAAAUGAGCAAUACUUUGCCCCUUGUUGUUAAUUGCAUUCGGGUCACAGUCGGAGUCAACAAGUCAUUUGAAUAAAGGUCUGCGAUAGUCUGCAGCUUUUUAUCCGUAAAACCAUUGAUCGCUAGCCACCGAUGUAAGCGCUAUGGGAUCCACGGAAGAAUUGAAGAAACAAGGAGGCCAGAAAGUGACAGUUCGUUUCUUGGUUGAUGAGAUAAUGGGCAAUACGGAGUUUCGAUGAUCUUCAGCGACGAGCAAGUCCAAAAAGCCGACAGUUAUGGGAUUAAUCUGGGCAAGUCCACAUUCCUGCCUAUUUCGAGUUUUCUGAGAGCUCGAGGACCUGCUGCCUUGUUCCAACUGACGUCUGACCCACAGAAAAUGUUCAGGUGAUACUGUAAGCGAACUAAUCCACCCAACAAGAUAGCGUAUAUCUGGCAAUCAAGGUUGCAUACUCAAUUCCAACCAUGAGUCUACGACGAUGGGGGGUAGCCAUUUCCGUCUGGAUGAUGGGCACAGUCGGG